GAGUCUUUUCUUUCUUCCAUAAAUUUCAAUUCAAUUCGUUAACUUUCCCAACUACAAUCGGAUUCCUCAAUCUUCUUCAUAUAAUUAUCCAUUUACAUACCUAGAUUUAGAUGUAUAUAUAUGUAUACGUCUUUCCAUUUCAUCGGUUUUGCCCUACCAAACCCUAACAAUUUGAAUUUGAUUGCAUAAAUCUUUUGGGUGUCUUUUUUUGGUGGUGUUAGUUUAUGAAAUUCUUUGCUUCGUAAAUAUAUCAAGUUAGAACAAAUCCUUCGUUGUUUUUUUAGUCGAGGGAUUGGAAUUUGUUGGUUUCUGUCGUGAUCGAUUUGAGGUAUUCAACAGUAUCGGGAAGCGGUUGGGGUAAAGAAAUCGGAUUGUGUUGUUGAAGUAAUUUUGGAUGUUUGUGGUGUGUGGAGAUCGAUGGUCAACACAUAUGUGAGUUGAAUCGCGAAUUCUGGGUUUAAAUUAGGAAAGAAGGGUUGAGGUUAUGAUCAGUGCAGAAAACAGAAGAACAAAGGAUUCUGGUAUUGAAUUGGAUAAAUUUUUGAAGACUUUGUUGCUUCUUCUUAGUUCUGGUGAUGAGGAAGAUUGACCAGAAGCCACGGCAAGGUGGUGGUGGUCGGAAUGGCAGUAACAAUGGGUUUAUUCCGACAUCUUUUCGUUCGAUUUCUAGCUACUUGAGGAUUGUGUCGUCUGGUGCAUCCACCGUUGCUUCCACUGUUCGGUCUGCAGCUUCAGCUGCAUCCACGAUUGUGGAUCGUGAUACUGAUGCAGUUCCUGAUCAGGUGCUCUGGGCUGGGUUUGACAAACUUGAAUGUGAGGGAGAUAACUCUCGUCGAGUGCUUUUGCUGGGAUAUCAGUUUGGUUUCCAAGUGUGGGAUGUUGAAGAUGCAAACAAUGUGCAUAACAUAGUCUCUCGAUAUGAUGGUGCUGUUUCUUUCAUGCAAAUACUACCAAAACCAACCGUGCUGAAGCAUUCUCAAGUUGAAUAUGCAAACAGUCGUCCUCUACUGGUAAUUUGUGCCGAUGGAUCCUUUUCUGCAGGUGGAAAUGCUCAGGGUGGGCCAACCAUUUCUAGCAAUGGUAACAUAAAAAAUGGUUAUGGUCAACUAAAUGGUGGUUUUGUGCCUACUGUAGUCUGGUUCUAUUCAUUAAAAUCUCAAUCUUACAUAAAAGAGUUGAAGUUCAGAUCAGUUGUUUACUCAGUAAGAUGCAGUUCCCGCAUUGUUGCUGUUUUACAAGCCGCACAGGUACAUUGUUUUGACGUUGCAACUUUAGAAAGGGAGUACACUAUCCUCACAAAUCCUAUAGUAACGAGCUCCACAAGAUUUGAAAAUAUAGGCUUGGGGCCUCUUGCUGUUGGUCCUAGAUGGAUUGCUUACAGUGGUAGUGCUGUUGCAUUGCCAAAUACCCGUGUGAGCCCACAACAUCUUACUCACUCAAGAACUUUUGCGGCCUCUGGUUCAAAUGGGAGCAUUGUUGYGCACUAUGCAAAACAAUCAAGCAAGCAGCUUGCUGUAGGAAUUGUUACUCUUGGGGAUAUUGGUUAUAAGAAGCUAUACCCUGGAUUGAAGGAACAUGGAACACCUAACAGCCGUUUACCUGAUGCAGAGAAUGUUGGAAUGGUGAUAGUUAGAGAUGUUAUCAGCAAAUCAGUAAUUGCUCAGUUUAAAGCACACGACAGUCCAAUUGCAUCAUUAUGUUUUGAUCCCAGUGGUACCUUGUUGGUGACAGCUUCGGUUUAUGGUCAUAACUUCAAUGUUUUCCGUAUUAUGCCGGGGAUUUCAUGUAGCUCAUCUGGAUCUGAAAACGAUGCGUCUUAUGUACACCUUUACAGGCUUCAACGGGGUUUUACAAAUGCGGUUAUACAGGACAUAAGUUUCAGUGUGGACAGCCGUUGGAUUAUGAUAAGUUCUUCUAGAGGCACCAGCCAUCUAUUUUCUAUAUCUCCAUCAGGGGGGCCAGUUAAUAUACAGUCUGCCGAAGAAUCUUUAACUACUAGCAAUGGGGGGUUCAAUUCUGAUGCCAUCAAUAAACCUCCAGAGUUCGGGUUUUCUGGUUCAGGUCCACCGAUGCGUAAACAACAGAAUCUUUGUGCUUUUGGUCCUCCAGUUACACUCUCUGCUGUCAGCAGAAUAAGAAGCGGAAAUAGUGGCUGGAGAACUGUGGUAUCUGGGGCUGCUGUAGCUGCAUCUGGUUGGAUGAAUUCGUCAUCCGGGGUUAUUGCCUCUACAUUCCAUAAAUGCAGAAGUAACAAUCUGGGUGCAGAUUUAAGUUCCAUGAUGCCAAAGUACCACAUGCUGGUUUUUUCAUCUUCGGGUUGUGUGAUACAAUAUGCAUUGCGUUUAUCAUCUGAGGUAGAUUCUGUAGCCGUAAUGUCGGGAUCAAACAAUGGUUAUGAAUUCUCUUCUGAUCAUGAUUCAAGAUUGAUUGUUGAGCCAAUUCAGAAGUGGAACCUCUGUCAUAAACAGAACAGAAGGGAGCGAGAAGAAAAUGUCGACAUUUAUGGUGAUAAUGGACAUACAGACAGCAGGAAAGUAUUCCCCGAAAGAACUGAAAAUGAGAAUAAAGAUUUCUUUGAUGGUACGAGUAAAGUCAAAAAAGAAAAUGUUAGUUUUGAGGAAAGGAAUCAUGUGUAUAUUUGUGAAGCUGAAUUACAGAUGCACCAAUCGCAUAUUUCAUUGUGGGCAAGAUCACAGGUAUACUUUCAGUCUUUAAUGAUGGAUCAUAUCAUAAUGGAUGGGGUAAAUAAGUCAAAUGGUGAAUUUGAGAUAGAGAAGAUCCCAGCCCACACAAUUGAAGCCAGGUCUAGAUACUUGGUUCCAGCUAUUGAUCAUCUUCAAGGACCCAAAGUUCAAACAACAAGGGUUUUUUCUUUAGAUCACAACAGCAACAUGGGCACUCCUUAUCACUCCUCUGGGACGCAAGACCAUGAUAAGAUUUCACUUGAGAGCAGCUGCGAUCCUAUAUACUCAACACCAGAUGCUGUUGUUACAGCAGUUGGACUUGAAAAUGGCGAUGAAGAAACUGGGGAGGAUGCUCGUGAAAUGCCAAAUGAAGAUACCAAUGGCUUUGUAAAUACCGACAUCAGCCGUAUAUUUCCUACUCGAUUUGAGACUGUAGAUAAUAGAGAAUGCUCGUUGAGUGAGACCCAAACGGAGCUUGUAAAUAAUAACAUAGGUCAGAAACUGGAAAACCAAUAUGAAGAUCAAGGCGACGAGUUUGAUUAGAGGUGUGCAUUGUGCAGUGUCUUAUUUUAUUGUUACGGGUAUUUACAUCCUUACGAUGGUUCCUAAUAUAAAGAAGAGUGAAUCCCGGUGAGGUCUUUACUUGGAUUUGGGAUUGUGUCGAAAGUUUGUUGUUCCGAUGACUUGUGUAAAUAAAACUCAAAUAAUCUUGAAUAAUGAAUUGUAAUGAUGUGGAUAGUAGCAUCAUUUGCAACUCUUUUGGUUUCAAGAUGUUUUUAUGUUUGUUC